GAGAGAGAUAGACAUAUUAGAAACGACUGCCGAGCCGCCCUGCAGCAGCAGCACCGCACGCACAGCGAAUCGUGAAACGUCCCUCGAAGCGGAGUCCGUAACCAACUCUCCGUAUCAUAGCUUGUGCGCGCGUAUAAUACAUCUCGAGAAAAAAAAAACUGCGCUCUCGCUUGUUGUGUGUUUUUUUUUAAUUGACCAACUGGACCUGUCGUUAUCACACGUGAGAGAGACCCUCGAGAGCGAGCGAGAGAAAGAGAGAGAGAGAAGAGAGACAAGAACGCAAGUCUUGUGUCAACCAUCCGGAGAGAAGAGACAUUUAAUUUCUUUACAUAAACAAAGACAGUCAUCAUGUCACAAGAGAACGAUGUGCCAACAUUCAAGUGCGUGCUGGUCGGCGACGGCGGUACCGGCAAGACGACCUUCGUCAAGCGCCACUUGACCGGCGAGUUCGAGAAGAAGUACGUGGCCACCCUCGGCGUCGAGGUGCACCCCCUCGUCUUCCACACCAACAGAGGCGCCAUCAGAUUCAACGUCUGGGACACCGCCGGCCAGGAGAAGUUCGGCGGGCUGCGCGACGGCUACUACAUUCAGGGCCAGUGCGCCAUCAUCAUGUUCGACGUUACGUCCAGAGUGACGUACAAGAACGUGCCCAACUGGCACAGGGAUCUCGUGAGGGUGUGCGAGAACAUCCCCAUUGUGCUCUGCGGCAACAAAGUCGACAUUAAGGACAGGAAGGUCAAGGCCAAGAGCAUCGUUUUCCACAGAAAGAAGAAUCUUCAGUAUUACGACAUCAGUGCAAAGAGUAAUUACAAUUUCGAGAAGCCCUUCCUGUGGCUUGCACGAAAACUUAUCGGUGAUCCCAAUCUGGAGUUUGUUGCUAUGCCUGCUCUCCUUCCCCCAGAAGUCACAAUGGACCCACAAUGGCAGCAACAGAUCGAAAAAGAUCUCAAAGAAGCUCAAGAAACAGCUUUACCCGAAGACGAUGAAGAUUUGUAGUUACUUUAUGUACAAGUAUGAGUGCUCAAAUACACACAAACUUGCGUUUCGCCUAGCCACCUAGGACAUCUUUAUUUUUUUAUUAUUAUUGUUUGGAUUUACAAUUAACUUGUUCAUAUACUGCAACUCUGAUUCAAAUUGAGAGUAAGCUUAAAAUAAAUGUAAAUUUGAACACUUUAAAUUAUGAAAAUAAAAGGUUUUUGUACAACUCA